CCGCCAGCACUACCCGUGUCGUACCCUUCAAACGACGUCACGUCCCGCAAACGCGACACGGAUUGGGUUUCCGGAGGCGAGAGGGUCGUCAUUGCAGUGAAAAUAGUGAUAAACACUGGAGACAGAAGGAGUUUCUUUCUAAACAGACACUGCUGCUAUUUACAUCAGACGGGAUUAUUAUUUAUUCUAAGGUGACAGUUAAACCCAAAGAUGAAUUUUGAGCAGCCCCCUCCGUACCCUGGCAGCGGCCCAACUGCUCCAGGCUACCCGGCCCAGGGCCCACCUCCACAAGGCUACCCGCCUCAGGGUUAUCCUCAACAGGGAUACCCUGUGAACAUGGAGCAGCCCAAUCCUGCAUACCCUAACUACCCUGCUGGACCAGUGGGCCCCGGAGGUCCUUAUCCCGGCCAAGGACAGCCUCCUUAUCAUGGAUACCCUGGACAACCACAGUUUGGCUGGCAGGGGGGACCUGCUCCUGGACCUAUGUAUGGGGAGGCUCCCAAAAACACAGUGUACGUGGUGGAAGACAGGAGAAGAGACGACACAGGAGACACAUGCCUAACAGCCUGCUGGACAGCUCUGUGUUGCUGCUGUCUCUGGGACAUGCUGACAUAACGCUCUUCACCAACUGGUCCCAUCCAUUACUUCCUUGCCCCCAUUUCUGUGCCUUGAACCCCAUCACCCUUUCCCCCUAUCUGCCUUUAACCUUGCACUCCCUCCAAACUACCCCUCCAUUUCUUCCACAUGUCUUUUGCUCGUCUAUAAAUAAAACCCUCAAUCCCAUAUGGAAGUCUCUUCCCAGGGCCACCCACUCUACCUUGAUGUGAAACCCUCAGCACUGACUGACUGACUGACCCUGUCCAGGGGCUACUCUGUAGCAGCUUGUAACUGAGCUUCUAAACAUAACCUGCAUCUCAGGCUCUAAUCACACACCUACACACAACAGGCAGCACACAAACAGACAAGGUACAGUAGAUACACAAAAACACAUACACACACAUACAGUAUACUUGGAUCUCAGGCUCAUCUAGUUGUGAUGCUCUUUGGCACUUUAUGAUGAUUACCUCUGUAAGAUACUACUCCUGCCUGCCCUUCCAACCACCUCCAACCCUCCCUAAAACCCUUCAGCUAUGCUACUUACCCUGCCCAAGGACUACCCGUUAUCCCGGAACCCAGGUAUCCCAAAGGCCACUAAAACCACUUGCUACUAAUGAGCCAGAGGGUGCUCUUAAGAAGCUCAUGCUUGAAACAUACCCCCAUCGUUUGCACACAAGCUGUUUUUGCCGACGUACGUCUUCAGGUGGAAUCACAUGACAAUAAAUGGAAUGCAUUUUUAAAGAUGA